AUGACGCGGGGGCGCGGCCGGCGCGGGUGUGGCCCGUGGGCGCGCUGAAAGCCGCCGUCGCUGUGGUCCAGGUCCGCAGCGAGCCAUCCUGAUUCCCGUGUAUUCCUGUGUAUUUUGCUCAACCCCUCUCGUCGCUCUUGUUCGUUUCUGUCUACCUUCUCCAUCUGCCUGUGAGCUGUGAUGUACUCCUCACCAAGCUACGGCUCGCCGCCCGCCGAGCUCUCCAAUAACCCCUUCAUCGACCAUCCAGCCAACGCCCUCAAUCGCUACCCCGAUAUCAACGCGGUGAACAAUGCCACUGGCUCAUCGGGGCAGUACGGACAGUGGACGCAGCAGCAACCAUCCUCUUCAUUCGCGCCAACUCCUGCGGGGUACCAAGGCCAGACGUACAGUGGCGGGUACCAGCAGCCGCUGCUCGCACAACCGACGGGGUGGAACCCCGGCGCGGGGUACGGCCAGCAGCAGGGCUAUGGCAGCCCGCCACAGGGCCAGCAGAUGUCGGGGUUCCAGCCGACGAGCUCAUUCGGCCAGCAGCUCGCCUCGCAUGUGAACACCGCGUACACCGGCCUGCCGCAGCAGCAGCAGCAGCAGCAACCACCACCACAGUACGGCGGCUACCCCGCAGGCCAGCAGCAGCCGCAGUUCGGCGCGGGCUACCAGCCCAGCUAUUCUCAGCAGCAGCAGACGCCUUCGUACUUGGCCGAGUUCGAUCCCUACGCACAGGGUGGGGGACAACAACAGCAGCAACAGCAGCCGGCGUACGGUGGGGCGCCCGCGGGGGGCGGGGUGCAGUACGGGGGCAGGCCGCCACAUCCGCGCGAAUACGUCCAGCAGCACAAGCAGGAGCUCGAGACCUGGGAUACCUAUGCGUGGAAGCAGGUGCAGAACUCGUUUGACGUGCUGAAGGAGGCCUGGGGCCAGCGGAAACACGAGAUCGAGGGCAGGGUGCGCUCGAUGGGCGGUGCGGGGCUGUUCAACGGGGCGCAGGGAUAUGGGGGAUACUACGGCGGCCCACAACAGGAGGCUGCGCGGCUGGAACAGCUCGCGAGGCAGGCGGAAACCAAUUUCGACUCGGUGGCAGCGUCGUCGUUCCAGAUGCACGAGGUGUUCACCGGGUACAGGCAAUCCGGCGACCUCGCCUCCAAACGUCGCGUGCGCGAGGCGAUCAACGCCGCUCUCACCAGUCUGCCUGACUGGCCCCCACAGACAUACUAGCAACGGCUGGCGGAUGUCUUUUUUGCGGUGUCAAGUCAGUGUGUGUAUGUGUGUGUUACUUCCUUGCGGUCGGACCUGGGAUAGGCUGUUUUUGCUGUACUACAUUGCUGUAUCAUGACCGACAAUCAGUGUAACUUUGGGAUUUCUGGCGUGUUCGGGGGUGAAUUGCUCGUUGCUGGUGACGG